AUGUCAGGUAAUAUCCUCGGAUCAAAAUAUUUUCAUUAUUAUUAUAUACCUAUUAUUCUAGUCUGUCAACAUCUUCCUUUUCAAUGCAUUCGAGUAUUGCGUCGAGGAAUCAAUAAAUGUAUCACCAAUUGGAAUCAUUUAACUACAGUUGGUGAUAUUAUUCAUGUUUUACUUGAACAGCAAUCUUUGACUAUCAAUGAUUGUUGUUUAUAUAUUGAAAAUUCACCGCAUUUAUUCGUUUUGAAAUCUACUGAUUUGAUUGAAGAUAUUCUGUAUCGUUAUCCAUCAUCGAACAUUCAUUUUAAAUUAGCAUUCAAACGAAAUUCAUCCCCAUCACGUUUCGCUCAACGCAAACAGCUACUUCCAGCAGUCGUACAAUUAUCAACAGUAAUAAAUCCUUUUAAACAAUUAAGAAUACAAGAAUUAUUGAUUCAAAAACAACAAGGAAUUAUUCAUCGAUUGACGAAAGUGAAUGACCAUCAGCCGUUUGUUCCUUCUACAAAUACACGACGAUCACGACAAGAUGAAUUCGAACAAGGAGUGAAUCGAGAAUCAAAUCGUUCACUCUCACGUGUUCGGUUCCGUCUAUCGACAAUCAAUCGAAAACAUGAUAUUCUAGCAACACUACCACCAUCAUCAAUCCCUGAAGUAAAAAGUAUUCUAAAGAAAGCUGCAAUUCCCCGAACAUCAAGUGUUGAUCGAGAUAUCGAUCAAUUACUUGCACUUAAACAAGAAGAAUAUCGUUCCGAUGCAUCUGAUGACGAUCAUCUAUCUGAUCAAAGUACAACAGAUUCAUGUCUAGGCUCACUUUCUACGAAUGAUAGUGUUUAUCAUAGUAUUACUCAAACUCAUCUGGAAACUCUUGUUUGA